AUGUGGGCAGCUUCUUGCCUCGCGUCGUGCUGCGCUGCCUGUGCGUGUAAUGCAUGUACGACUGUAGUAUCUGGAAUUAGCAGGCGAUCCGCCAGGAUCGCCUACUGCGGUCUCUUUGCUUUGUCUUUAAUCGUUUCUUGGAUUCUCCGUGAAGUUGCGGCUCCUCUCAUGGAAAAAAUCCCUUGGAUUAAUCAUUUUCAUAAGACCCCGGAUAGGGAAUGGUUUGAGACGGAUGCGGUUUUGCGUGUUAGUUUGGGGAAUUGUCUGUUUUUUACUAUAUUGGCCAUUAUGAUGGUUGGUGUGAAAAAUCAGAAGGACCCGCGCGAUAGUUUGCACCACGGUGGAUGGAUGGCUAAAGUUGUCUGUUGGGUUCUAUUGGUGAUCUUCAUGUUUUUCCUUCCAAAUGAGAUUGUCAGCUUCUAUGAGUCAAUAUCCAAAUUUGGCUCAGGAUUGUUUCUUCUUGUUCAAGUUGUGCUUUUGUUGGAUUUUGUUCAUGGAUGGAAUGACAAAUGGGUUGGAUAUGAUGAACAGUUCUGGUACGUUGCUCUAUUUGUUGUGUCAUUUGUUUGUUACAUGGGAGCAUUUGCCUUCUCGGGACUUCUCUUUCAUUGGUUCACUCCAUCUGGACAGGACUGUGGAUUAAACACCUUCUUUAUCCUUAUGACCCUGAUUUUUGCAUUUGUUUUUGCUAUCGUUGCACUGCACCCUGCUGUAAAUGGCAGUAUUUUGCCCGCUUCAAUUAUAUCCUUGUACUGCAUGUACCUAUGUUAUAGUGGACUUGCCAGCGAACCGAGGGAAUAUGAGUGCAAUGGUCUUCACAGGCAUUCAAAAGCUGUUUCUACAGGCACUCUUACCAUUGGUCUGCUUACAACUGUUCUUUCUGUAGUCUACUCUGCUGUCCGUGCUGGGUCCUCUACAACCCUGCUCUCCCCUCCAAGUUCACCCCGUGCAGGUGCUGACAAACCUUUGCUUCCGUUGGACAACAAGCAAAGCGAGCAAGAAGAAAAGGAGAAGUCUAAGCCAGUCACAUAUUCUUAUUCUUUCUUCCACAUCAUCUUCUCUCUUGCGAGUAUGUACUCUGCAAUGCUUUUGACUGGAUGGUCAACCUCGGUUGGAGAGAGUGGAAAGUUGGUAGAUGUGGGGUGGCCCUCUGUAUGGGUUCGUAUUUUGACUGGGUGGGCAACUGCAGGUCUCUACAUCUGGUCUCUGGUCGCUCCUAUUCUGUUCCCAGACAGGGAGUUCUAA